AUGGAAAACAAUGCUGCCACCACUGGGAAUUAUCUUCCUUCGAACAAAAUCACAAAGUACGCCGAUACUCAAUUAACAGUCCAGUAUCAGACGGGGCUUGACAUUAUAGGUGUUGGGGCAGCGGGCCAAGUCUACAAUGUUGAUGAUCGAAUCGUCUUGAAGGCGUGUAGAAUAUACCAGCGCCCUUCAAGUGAAGCUACUCCACGCGCCUUAUGGGACUAUGCCUCAGAAAAGCAUCAUCAUCCAAACAUCAUAGAGCCCAUUCACACGGAUCAUCCCGAAGGCAUGUAUAUUCACAAAUACCAGCCACUUUCCGCUCUCACACAAGAGUCUCAAUCAGAUCGGAUCUUUCGGUAUCAGGAUAUCAUACGAGCGCUUGUGCACCUCCACGGACUUCGCAUCGCCCAUUCUGAUAUACGCAAGGAUAAUAUACUCUUUGACCAACAAGGCCACGCUUUACUUAGCGAUUUUGGCGCCAGUUGUCCAUUUGGAUAUCCCAAUCCUUCUUACCCAGUUCUUUCAAAUGGACCAUCGGAGACUGUCUCUGGUGCAACAGAUCGAUUUGCGAUGGGCUCACUGAUCUACGAACUGGAACAUGGAAUCCGAUCGGAAAUAUCUAUGGAUGAUCGUGACCGCCUUAUUUUACCCCAGAUCAAUACAGGUCAUGAUGGCCUUGACUCGCUCAUCGAAAAUGCUUGGUGCGGAAAGUUUGAUUCUACAACAGAUAUGCUGAACCAUGCCGAAUGUCUUAACGCCGUUCAGGACAGUCGCGGGCCAGUUGAACAUCCGGUUUCAAAGGCAGAAUUGAUCACACGGAUCACACAGUGGAGGAAGAACCGGGAGGAACAACAUGGCUGCAUCCUCUAUUCCAUACCAACCGAGUCUCAGCUGCAAAUCCUAGCAGAUGGCUAUGGCUGGAAGAUGGGUGAAGAGAUGCGCUUUCUGGAUGAAAGCUCUGUUCUUCCACGGAAUGAAUUUUCUGGCUGGUUUUAUUUAAUUGCAGAGGGGUUGUUCACAUAG